UUUAAAACCAGACACACUAACUGAGCAGUUCAUUUAUCAGAUCCUUGCAGCAUAUUCAGAGUAAAAAAUGCCUCCACCUGGUGUUCACCAUUAUCAAGCAAAUGAAGAUGAAAUGGGUUCUGCUAACAAUCCUUUGAACUUCCUGAAUCAGGACUACCAGGAGCUGCAUAAACAAUGUCUCACUAAAAACAAUCUGUAUAUUGAUGAACUGUUCCCACCAAACAGAAGCUCUAUUGGCACUCUAGACAAAGAUAUUGAAAUGGCCAACAAUCAAGUUCAGUGGAAGAGGCCAUCAGACUUGGUGUCAAAUCCCUGUUUCAUUGUAGAGGGAAUAUCCAGGUUUGACUAUAAACAAGGGUCCAAGUUAGGAAACUGCUGGUUUUUGGCUUCAAUUGGGGCUCUAACCUUUGAACAAGACAUCCUGUUCAAUGUCAUUCCAGCUGGACAGUCAUUCAGCAAAGAUUAUGCAGGAAUAUUUCACUUCAGGUUUUGGAGGUUUGGGAAAUGGAUUGAUGUUGUCAUUGAUGACCAACUUCCAACAAUUGAUGGCCAACUCAUUUUUGUGUGUUCAAAAACUUCUAAUGAGUUUUGGCCUGCCUUACUGGAGAAAGCUUAUGCAAAGGUCUGUGGCUCUUAUGGCGACCUAAAUGGUGGAGCCAUAUCUGAGGCUGUGAUGGACUUCACUGGUGGGGCGCACUUGUAUUAUGAACUGAGAAAAGCUCCUCAUUAUUUAUGGAACAUUAUGAGUAAUGCAUCCAACUCAAAAACCCUUAUGGUCUGUGGCACUUAUGCUAUGAAAAUACCUGAAGUUGUGUUAUCCAAUGGUAUAGUUGGAGGUCAUGUUUACAGUGUGACAGGGGUUUAUCAAGUAAAGAGUAAAGAAAAUAAAGUUCAUCUGGUGAGAUUGUUAAACCCGUGGGGACAUGGAGAGUGGAAUGGAGACUGGAGUGACAAAUCACCUUUGUGGAAAACAGUCAGUGUGGAGGACCGCAAAAAGUGCCUUCAAGUGUUUGAUAAUGGAGAGUUCUGGAUGGCAAUGGAAGAUUUCACCAAAAUCUAUGAAGAUCUGGAUAUCUGCUGUCUCUCUCCUGAUUUCUUAGACAUUUCAUCUGGGUCUCAGUGGACCUCACAACAUCAUUUUGGCAGAUGGGUUGCUGGGACUUCAGUUGGAGAGAGAUUCUGGAAAAACCCUCAAUUUCGGGUGAGAAUUGAUGAGUGUAACGAGGAGGGUGCUGACAACAUCCUGGUGUCCCUCAUGCAGAACCAUGAGAUGAGACACAGACAUGCCAAAAAAGACUAUACUAUAGGCUUCUUUGUUUUUGGGAUGGACGCUCAAAGUGGGAAGUUCUCAGCAGAGUUCUUCAGUAACAGAGAGCCUUUGCAUGAGACAUUUGAUGCAAUGAGAGAGGUGAUGAAAUUGUUCAGGCUGGAGCCAGGGAAAUACCUGAUUGUACCAUGCAUAUUAACACCAAAUGAAACUGCGUCAUUCGUCCUUUCUAUUUUCUCUAUGCAUGAGCCCCAUUUUGAAUACAUUGAAGACAUUGAGUAGAAUAGAGACAUUCCUUGAAGAGAUGGAGAUGAUCCUUUUCUACCUGACCAACACACAAAUGGGAGUCAAUAUCUUCUGCACGUUAUCACCUUUUUUCUUCACCCGUUCAUGCUUUGCUAAUGCAACAUCUAGAAGGUUUUUCUUGGGAAAUGGCUCCUUUUUCUCAAGAAAUCGGUUUAUUCUUUGUUUAUUUGCAACCAUUGGCAGUCCUUUCUCUAAAGUAAAUGUAUCCCCUGUUAGGUGGGAUGUACUAUUGUAAUUACUUUUGAAAUUGUUUUAUAUUUGGGAUUGUUUUUAGAGUUAAUUUUGCAAGAUACAGCAUAAACUUUUUAGAAGUCAUACAAGAAAGGAAAAAAGACUUUUCUUUUUAUAAAAGUGGUGUAGAAAUAUAAAUAAUAUGAUAUGUGAAAAUAAAUACAAUUAUAUUAGUUUUUUUCCACUAUCACUCACUAUUCAUGUUAAUAAAGAUAAUGUAAUAUUGCUUUUAAGGCAAUGUAACCAUUGCCUCACUCUGUACAUUUCUUUCAUGAAUCCUUUCAAGUUGUUCUUUAAUUAAACAAAUUCACAAUCUUUCAUUAAUUAAUAGAUUUUACUUAAUUCUAAAGAUGGGUUAAGGGCAAGGUAAUUCUAAAUUUAAAAGCUAAAACAUCAAUCCAGUAUCAUGAAUGUUUUACUUAAGAGUGACAUAAAACAAGAAGCACUGUUUUCCAAUCUUUUUAUGUAAAGUUUUGGAAUAGAUGUGUAGGGGAGAGCGUGGUACAAACUAUCACUCUUUUGUGUAAAUGAAUUUGGGGUUCAAAUUAUUUUUCUUUUUUCACAAUAAUUCUUCACAUGUUCGGUACAAAUAUGUUGUCUUGUUUCAUGAAAACACUGUACUCUUCUCCUAUCUAUCUGGAUAGAAGGAAAGUGAAAUGUUACUAUGUGUCCCAUAGGAGGGGCAUGUUGUAACAGGUGAGGGGCACAUUGUAACAUACUGUAAACAGCUUCCCCCUCUAUGAAUUGUAUCUGAUCUAUUCUGAUUAAAGUACUUAGAUGAAAGAAAAAUAAAAAAUAAAAUA